CUUGGGAAAGCGCGGACCGGGUUCCCCUGGGCCGGAGACGCUAAGAGGGAGGGUCCGUCUCGUCCCACCCGGCUCCGGCUCGUUCAGAAACGCUUCCUAGUCUCCAGACAUGGACCGGCGGCGAAGUUUGAGGAAGAGCCGGGACGCGAGUAUCAACAAAGAGUCAAAGAAAACAAGGAGACAAAGUCAUAGGAAAGAGCUAAACAAAAAACCGUCACAUCUUUCUGGUAAAUUACCUUUUCCUGAAGACUUGGAUAUCUCAAUUAUUGGGAAAGUGAAAGAAACUGAGCAAGAUGAUGAAGAGUUGGGUGAUUCCUUUGUUGUGCCUUUGCAUAGUACUGCCUUGUACUCGGAAACAGAGGAGAUCUGCAGACCUAGGGAGUCGCCUGUUCCUUCAGAUGUUUCCCCUCCACCUGGAAAAAAGGCCAGAACAAGUGUGGAAGUGACUGAAAAUCAAUCUGAAGAGGAGGAGAGUUCUAUAAUAGGGAGAACAAAAAAGGCAUCAAGAAAAUCCAAUCCAGUAACUGAUGACACUGAAUCGGGAAGCAUUUCUGGCAGAGUGACACAUCUGGUAAAGGCGAUGAAAGAGCAGAAAGCCAAAUCUUCUGCCACUGUGUAUUCUGCAAACCCUCCAGAAAAAUCUGCAGAAUUGGUGCUUUCUAAUGAAAUCUUCCCUGUUGCUGAGAAAGCGUCACUUGCCACUGAGAGCGAAGCGGAGGCUCCUAGGAAGAGAAGGAGCCCCCGGGGAAAGAGGCAGAAACCUCAGCAUCAACAAUUAGACUCAGAAAAGAAGAAAAGGUCUACUAGAGAAACAGCAAAGUUGAAUAUUGUUUUAUCUGUAUUUGAGGACGCUCUGCUAGAGUACAAGCAGCAAGUGAAAUCUAGAAUUUGCCAGAGAGCAAUUGACAGUUUUUAUUCUGUUUUUAAGGAACAGCUUAUUAAAAUGCUUUCAGAAGUCCAGGAAUUGAAAAACUUGAAAAGGAAGAAUGCCAAGGUGAUUAGAGAGAUCAAUAAGAAAAGGAAGUGUUUGUUUGAAGCCCAAGAUCAGCUAAUUCGAACUGAACCACAGUUGAAACUUCUGCAAAUCAAAUAUGAGGAACUUAAAGAAAGAAAAUCUUCCCUCACAGAAGCCACGUGGUUUGUAUCCAAUUUAAAACGGCUUCAUCAUGAUUAUGCGGCUCUUACAAAGAAAACCCUGCCUGAAAGUGAAAGGUAUGACUUGUCCAGCCUGCCAGCUCUGCUGUUUGAAGCAAGGGGCAUUUCAGGAGCAGCAGAACAUCUGCAGAAGAUCAACCAUCACCUUCAGCAGCUCAUUGACCACGAAUGAGAAAAGAACUUUCUUUUUCUUGGAGAUAAUUGAGUUUAUAUAUUUAAUUU